AAGUCAACUACCGUAGUAGCAGUUGAAGCCUCAAAGGCAACUCAUUUCCAUAGUCGACCGUGGCAGCAUAUAGUUCGACCGUACCAGCCACCGAUUGAAAAACAUGGAGCCAACCGAUCCUCUGCUACUCCCAAGUCCAGGAGGGAAUCAGUCCCAAGAAGAAGAAGCUAAAUUGGUGAAUGAAACAUGGGGAGAAUCGAAGAAAAUAUGGUAAAUAGCCGGACCGACAAUCUUCAGCCGUCUGGCCAUGUUUUCGCUUACCGUCAUCACCCAGUCAUUCGCCGGUCACAUCGGAAACAACAACCUCGCCGCCAUCUCUAUUGUCACCACUCUUCUCAUCGGCAUCACCUUUGGCUUAUUGCUUGGGAUGGCAAGUGCAAUGGAAACGUUGUGUGGCCAAGCUUAUGGAGCAAAGCAGUAUCACAUGCUGGGCAUUUACUUGCAGCGCUCAUGUAUUCUGCUCUCUUUGAGCUCUAUUGCUUUGUUGCCUCUUUUUAUGUUUGCCUCUCCCAUAGUGAAACUCUUGGGUCAGCCAGAUGAUGUGGCUGAAUUGACUGGUGAGGUGGCGAUAUGGCUAAUCCCUAUGCACUUGAGCUUUCCCUUUCAGUUUACAUUGAUGAGGUUCCUGCAGUGCCAACUAAAGACUUUGGUGAUCGCUUGGGUUUGUGGUGGAACACUUCUACUCCACAUAGUUUUGAACUGGGUUUUUGUUUAUACGUUUAGAGUUGGGAUUGUUGGAACUGCUAUUGUUCUUGAUAUUUCAUGGUGGGCUUCUGUUAUUGGACUUGUUGCUUAUAUUGUCUUUGGAGGAUGCCCACAUUCCUGGACUGGUUUCUCUAGGCAAGGGAUCUUUGGUCUUUGGGAGUUCUUUAAGCUUUCUUUGGCCUCUGGAGUUAUGCUCUCGUGUGUUUCUCUCUCAUUCUCUCUCUAUCCUGCACUCAGUGCUUCCAGUAGUGUGAAUAUUGAUCUCAUGACAGGAAAAGAAAAAUAAACUAUUGUCAUUUCAGAUUGGAGAAUUUCUACUUUAGAGUUUUAAUCAUCAUCUCAGGCUAUAUGAAGAAUAUUGAUGUUUCCAUUGACGCUCUCUCCGUCUGUGUUACUAUCAUUGCUUGGGAAUCCAUGAUUCCAUUAGGACUAUUUGCUGCAACAGGGAUUCGUGUGGCAAAUGAACUAGGAGCAGGAAAUAGAAAAGGGGCAAGGCUUGCAACUAAAGUGUCAUUAUUGAACUCUUUCACAAUCGGCGUUAUGUUUUGGUUGAUUAUUAUGACAUUUCCUGAGAAGCUUGCUAUGAUCUUUACCUCAAACACGUCUGUUAUAAAAAUGGUUCACGACCUUUCAUUCUUGUUAGCAACUACUCUUCUCAUCAACUGCAUUCAACCCAUACUCUCAGGAGUAGCUGUUGGAUUUGGUUGGCAGGCGCUGGUGGCAUAUGUAAACAUCGGAAGUUACUAUCUCAUUGGAAUCCCAUUAGGGCUAAUUCUUGGAUACCUCUACCAUUUCGGAUUGAAGGGCAUCUGGAUAGGAAUGAUGUGUGGAACAGUGGUUCAAACAUUGAUUUUAACCGUUCUCACAUUGAGAUGUGGGUGGUAGAGGUAAAUUUAGGGGCCAUGGGUUUUCUCCAUUAUGUUGUUUGUAAAACAGCCCUUCUUCCUGAGCAACUGACGUUAAAAUCCCACUAGAGGGACCAAAUCCUCAUAGGUAUCUUACUCUUUCCUUGGAUCAUUUAAAAUGUGAAGUUUUUGUUACCCUCUUCUCACUGUGCUGGUAUCAGUUAACUGAACCUGUUGUGUAUAAAAGUGUAAUGUACACAUUAAAAGUGCUUAUAAAUGUUAUAUCCCACAAGUUUACUCGUUUGACAACGUUCUAGAAGUAUGGC